CGAAAACUUUUCAUUACAACCAUAAGCAGUCAUGAAUGGUGUUUCCAAGCCACUCAAUGGUCUAUUGUCCUUAUCGACCCGUACAAACUUCCUCAACGAUGUAAAAAAAAAUCCAUUAUUGUCCUCCAUUCUUCAGGAGGCCAAACCUUCACCAGAAACCGUUAACGCCCCAUCGACCUUGCCAUUGAACAUCCUUCCCAAGCAAGAGAUCUACGACCAAGUUGCCCGUGAAAACCCUGAGGCGUCGAGCCAUGGGCUCAAAUUCAAGCAAUCGUUUGGAUACGCCAAGUCCUUGAUGAAGUUCUAUAAGUCUGGGGUUACGAAUGUAUGGAAUAAUCACAAAUUGGUCCAGGAUUUGCGCAAGAAAGGAUACCAAUUGCAACAUGUUGACAGACGAGGUAACGAGCAGGCUAUUCGCAUUCCAAGCUUCAAGGUUCUUACUCAAGAGAUGAGCCAGCAGUUGUAUGUUGUGAAGACACAGAAACUGGCCACCAAAGAGGAGGGUGAAGUGAUUAAACACAACUCAACUGAAGGCGAAAAGCUUUUCAACCUCACCAGAGCUCAGUAUCAGCUCAUGAACCGUACUCCUCGUGACUUUUACAAGCUUCCAAUGUUUGGUUUGAUAUUCGCUAUUUUCAUGGAAAUGACUCCUCUUGUCUGUUACGCCAUUCCAGAGCUUACACCCCUGACGUGCGUCCUCCCAUCCAUAUUACCUCGUAUGUGGAAUACCAAGAUUGUCAAACAAUUGCUGCAGGCUGCAACUCGUCCAGAUAAACAAGCUCAAAAUGCCUACAACUUACCAAUCGAAGAAGUCCGGAUUUUGUGCAAGUCAUUAAGAAUUUCUUCGAAGUACCUCCCUUCGUUCGUUUAUCCUGAGACUUACUUGAGAAACCAGUUGCAGCACUACUAUAAUUAUUUAAAGGUUGAUAACUACUAUCUCUCAGGUUUAAAUGGCGGUGGAAAUGUUUGGAACAUGACCAACCAAGAAGUUAUGGAGGCAUCUUUGGAAAGGCUUUUGAUCGAUGAUCUCGCAAAGGUGACCAAGGAGUUUGAUGCAAUUAAAAAUGAAGUAGAGAGAGCCGAGAAGGAAACGAGCUACUUCAACGAAUUAAGAGUGAGAUUGGCCAAGUUUGUUGUUGAAUUUGAAAACUUCAAUGUGGGAUACUUAGGUAGAGAAAGUAUGGCCGAUGCCGACAUCAAGAAAAUCAUGGAAUGGAGAUAGCUCUACGAGUAGCUAGACCGUCCAAAAACCCUCUACACUCGGAAAAGGAUGUUUGAUGUGAACCUACCCUAGGUGAUUGUAAAUAGAAUGUACAUAUGCCGAUAUCCCGAGUUCAUGCUGUAAUUCAAUUCCGUAGACGACUACAUUAAGAUUUCAU